UCCCUCACCUCUUGGAGGGAAUUAGCUUCCGAGGCCGAGAAGGGAGGGGAUUCGGCCUCGGGAGGGUGGGGGGCGUGACAUGUCUCUCGAAGAUCCUUUUUUUGUAGUCCGAGGGUGAGUGACAGCGAUGCGGCAGGACACGGGGUAUUGUGUCCCCUUGCCAAUUAGUGCCCGCGUGCCAGCCGGUGCAUGUCAGGCAUUCUGGGCACCGCCGUCGGGAUCGCCCCGUGGCCAUGUGGGAGGGGUCCGCAGGGGGAUAUGAGGGUCUCCUGAGCUCUCAACCUGUUUGGGGGCGUAAUGGUGGGCGGGAGGACCGCCUACUCCCCCCGGCCAGCCGCGCCCGCUGUGCCCCUGCCCGCAGCGAGGUGCAGAAGGCGGUGAACACCGCCCGCGGGCUGUACCAGCGGUGGAGCGAGCUCCUGCAGGAGAGCGCGCUGGUCGGACGCGAGGAGCUGGACUGGACGACCAACGAGCUGCGGAAUGGCCUGCGCAGCAUCGAGUGGGACCUCGAAGACCUGGAGGAAACCAUUGGCAUAGUGGAAGCCAACCCCGGCAAGUUCAAGCUCCCAGCUGGAGACCUUCAGGAGAGAAAAGUGUUUGUGCAGAAGAUGCGGGAAGCAGUGCAGGAAAUGAAGGAUCAUAUGGUCAGCCCGGCAGCCGUAGCCUUCAUGGAGAGGAAUAACAGGGAGAUGCUGACAGGCAAGCCGGCCACUCUGAAGUCCUCCAGCGACUUGCUGGACGCCAGUGUGGUCUCGACCACCUCUCGCUACAUUGAAGAGCAGCAGGCCACACAGCAGCUGAUCCUGGACCAGCAGGAUCAACAGCUGGAAAUGGUGUCUGGGAGCAUCUCAGUUCUGAAACACAUGUCCGGCCGCGUUGGGGAGGAGCUGGAUGAGCAGGGCAUUAUGCUGGACGCCUUUGCUCAGGAGAUGGACCACACCCAGUCCCGGAUGGAUGGGGUCCUUAGAAAGAUGGCCAAAAUAUCCCACAUGACCAGUGACCGCCGACAGUGGUGUGCCAUCGCGGUGCUGCUGGGGGUGCUGCUCCUGGUCCUCAUCCUCUUCUUCUCUCUCUGAUCCUGGUCCUCCCCAGGGGGCGGUCCCUCCAGCUGCGGGGAGCUGGCAGGGCCCUGCCCCCUGGGAGGACUGGGAGGUCAUGUCGGGAGAGCUGUCCCAAGGCUCUCAUCUAGAGAGGACCCUCAGGGCCCCGGGCUGGAGCCCCUACCACCAGUCUGGUCUUAAGUGUACUUAGGGGGUGGUGGAGGAGGGGGACCUCAGACACACCCCUCUCCAUCUCUACUCCUCAAAGCCAUUGCUUUGCCCCUGUGCCUUCUACAUGUGCCAACUUAGAAAUAAAAUCCCAGCCUUUAUUAUAUAUGUUUGUAUCCUACGAUAUGGUGAUCUGAACUGGUGGCUGCCCCUAAAUGGGAACUCCUGUUCUAAGACCCCUGCUUGCACACCCUGGGGCCAAUUGCGCAUGUGUGCCCAUGUGUGUCAGGGAUUUCAGCGGUCGACAUUCAGUGCAGAAAAGACUAUUCUGGUGUAUUUCUCAGAUUUCAUGAUGGGUCAUUUUAUUACCAUCAAAAAAAUUCAACCACUGAUUUUUCCUUGAGUUUUUGAACUUCAGCCUAAACAUCUUUUGCUUGUUCUUUGUCUCCAGUAGGUGAAUCCCUUAGCUGGGGAGCUCAGCUGGGACUUCUGAGGGGCCUCUCAGUACCACGGGGCUCUCUUGUACACCAGGUCACUUCCAUCCUUUUGUGAUGCAAUGUUCUAAUAAGGUGUGAGUGUGUGCUCAGUCGUGUCUGACUCUUUGAGACCCCAUGGACUGUAGCCCUCCAGGCUCCUCUGCCCAUGGGAUUUCUCAGGCAAGAAUACUGGAGUGCAUUGCCAUUUCAUUCUCCAGGGGAUCUUCCCGACACAGGGAUCAAACCUCUGUCUCCUGCAUUGCAGGCAGAUUGUUUACUGCUGAGCUACCUGGGGAGCCCACUACAAGGGAGCGUUUGUAGAUUUAAGGACUUUGUUGUAGAGCCUACCUGAGUCGGAAAUGAUCCCUAUAAGCUGGGUAAACUUGGACAUGAAUCUUCACUUACUGUCGUAGAUGUUUCCAUCCUGAGCAUUAUGUAAUUUGACAUCAGAAUCACCCUUGUAUGUUUGACACAUUGUAAAGUGUUAUGUGUUACAAGGCUGUCUGUCAUCCCAUUCAGCCCCAAAGGCUGAUUUGUCAAAAAGAACCAAAUAUGUACAGAUUCCAUUUUUUUGUUUUUUGGCUGUGCCACGCAGCUUGCAGGAUCUUGGUUCCCAGACUAGGGAUCGAACCCAGGCCUCCUGCAGUGGAAGUGGUCUUAACCACUGAACCACCAGGGAAGCAGGGAAGUCUCCCUCUCUUUUAAUUUUUAUUUUUCUUAAUAUAUGUAUUUUAUUGAAGUAUA